AUAAAAAGGAUGCACAUCUAUUCGCGGCCACCAGUCUGCCCGCAAAAUAUCCAAGAAUGGGAUUCAGGACGUGGUCGCGGUUAGCUGUGCUGGCGAUACCCUUAUGGGCCGUGGCCUUCUACCUUUUGGUAGUAAUGCCUGUGCCCGGACACACGGCUAGUCUUGGGAGCGGAAAGGAGGAGCAACGACAGCAGGACCUGGAGACAAAAAUAGGAACGGAUUCAGAGCAGUCCAAUGGAUAUUCGCGGGAUACCCCAUUUCAUUCUCGAUUCAGCAACAGACGCAACCAGAGGUCCGCAGGCUUUGUCCAUAGAUUACCAAUUUUUUCCCGUCCCAUUAUACCAAUCGAACUGGAUCUUAUAAUGGAUACUGACGAAGAAAUCCGCCCGAAAACGAAACGCUUUGAUGAUUACGGCCAUAUGAGAUUUGGGAAAAGAGGCGGCGACGAUCAGUUCGAUGACUAUGGUCACAUGAGGUUCGGCCGGUAGACCCGGUCUAAAACUAGGCAUCUUAACCUAGGUCCUUGAGUGGUUAGCUUUUGUAAAUAGUACAUGCCGAUUUACAUACACCAUUACUGCUUAUAACAUUAAAUGUAGUCUAGAAUAUACAAUAAAUAAGCGCAUUGCAAAAUUCAUUCUAAUA